ACGGCACAUUUGUGUGUCACCAGUUGAAAAACACUGGGCAAGAGGCUACAAUUGUGGGUGAUGUUUCGUUUGCAUGAAGAGGGCGCCAGUGAGCAUCACUGUCAAUACAUGGCGGGUGGUGAAUUUGUACGUCCACCUCCUGGACUCCAAAGACACACAGAGAUGGGAUGGCCUCUGGCUCCAUCACGCUGACCUCCGUGCUGGAGAAGCUGAUCCAUCACCUGUGCCUCGACGACUUCCCGUGCGGAUGCGGCAGUUGGAAAAAAAAACCCACCGCAGAGCUCACAGAGGCACCCGAGAUGCCGAGUGAGGAGACCGAACUCCUGGACCUGCUGAGCUGUCCUCACUCUCCAUGGAAGUCCGAUGAAUCGUGGAGCCCUCAGGCAGCAGCUCUCAGGCGACUGGCGGUGGUUUCGCCUGGUCGGGUGAACGACACCUUCAUCUUCAAUUACUUUAGGAAGCUUCGCGUCGUGGACAGGCAUGUGUCAGUAAUUGAUGACGGGCUGUUGAGGUUCUCCAAGCUGGAGCAGCUGAUUUUGAGUGCCAACCGAAUCUCAAAAAUCCCCGUAGCCAACCUUCCAAAAACUCUGCGGGUCUUGGAUCUUCGUGCCAACCUUCUGAAUGACCUCAGCAAUCUGAGUGAGAGCCAGCCUCCACACCUUCACUACCUCGGGCUCAGUUCAAACACUCUGGGUUCUUCUGAAGACAUGACCUAUUUCACCAAAGAUCUCUGGCCCCAGGUCGUAUGUCUGGACCUAAGUGACUGUGAAUUCGGGGUGCAGCAGGAACUGCUGGACUACCUGAGCGAGCUUCCCCACCUCAAGUCUCUCAUGCUGCAAGGAAACCCCUUGACUCUUGCCCGCUCGUACCCAGGCUUCACGAUCGACCGUCUGCCUCACCUGUCCUUCCUUGACGCCUCGCAGAUCUUACCUGACGACAGGCAGAGGUUCAGAGGACUCGUGCAGAGAAGUGAUGCGACUGUUGAGCCAGCCUCCGUCACUGUGUGUGUGGGCACCAUGAGGGGGCUGCCAGAUCCCAUGAUGGACGUUGGGGAGAACGCACCUGAGUAUCCUGUCAUCACCUACAGCUACUGUGUGACGUAUAAGUUCUUCACUGACAGAGCAAGUACUGAGCUGGAGCCAGAGUUGGAGGUUGACAAAACAGCCGCAGAGGAAAACCAGCGGCAGGUCAAUGCGCUUGAGGCGCCCAGGCCACUCCCAUUCAAUGUUGCAAAACACAGCACUCCCAAGCUGGCCUGGGCUGAGAGCAUGGAGUUUGGCGACAGUCAAACCCACGCCAUCACCGACCUGAGAGGCUUCAAGAGGUUCCUCAAACAUGGGCUCGACAUCCAGAUAGAGCAGGAGAAGACCGAGUCCUGGCCAGCAACUCCUGAGGAGAUGGCAGCAUCCAAACUAGGCAAAAAAGAAACAGCAAAACAAGGAAACAAGGACAGACCGAAAAACAAGAGGAAUACCAUCGAGCUUGUCCCCGGGCCCCCCAUCACAACGGUCGUCUGUGCCAUCCAAGUCCCCAUGCAUGGUCUGCUCCGAGGAAUCCAAAACAUUGACACCGUCUGUGAUUUUGGCAUCCUUCAACCUAAACCUAAGGAAGAGAAGGAAGAAGAAAAAGAGGAGGUGCCUGAAAAACCUGAACCGGAAAUUAAAGAGGAGCCAAAGAAAGCAAAGAAAAAAGGAAAAGAAGAAAAAAACUCUGCAAAGAAACCUGCAGGAAAGGGAAAACAAAAAGGUAAAAAGGAGUCUGUGGUGGAAGAGGCGGUGGAGACCUCUGUGCCCGAGGAAUUGAAGCCGGUCACAGUAGAGCUCAGUGUGGAGCUGCAGAGAUGGAGGUCUGCCUCGGAGGCAACUGUCGCAGCAAUGGGCUCAUAUUUGGGUUGAAACGCUUCCCUUGACCUAAAUGACGAUGACGUUUUUUGACGAUUUCACAACGUGAAUGGUUCGCUGUAACAUUUCAAACUGUCUUACAUGAUUAAACAUUUG